AGACGCUUUGCUCAGUCUACGACUCUUCCUGCAGACAACGGAAAAAGAUCCGCUCCCUUGAUGCGAGGGGUACUUCUCUGUUCAUCAUUGUAUCCGUACCUUUGUGGAUCAUACUAGGGAAUUUCUUUACCCCAGCGAACCAAAGCCAAUAGCACCAUGACUGCCCCCGAAACCCAGAUAUCUAAUGAGGCACAAUUGAACCCUCUGGAACCCUCGAGUACUAUAAAACGGCCAUUGCAGGAAGAUGCGAAUGGGUCUGCUCAGCCUAUUUAUGCUGAGGACUCUGCUGUGACCAAGGCUGAAAAGAUCGAACGCAAUGGUGCGCUUCCGGCGCAACUGGGCGACAAUGAAUUCGAGGAGUCCCCCGCGAAGAGGCAAAAGAUAGAAGAACCGGCUCCAAAGGAACGAGUGAAAGGCGUGGCGUCGAUCAAGUCUGAAUAUCUCGUCUAUCCUCCUGGCAGCAAGCAAUUUAAAGAGAUAAAGAAGAUCAAUACGGAUGACAAAGCGGAGAGUUCUGGACUGGAUUCCCGAGCGGAGGCGGAACCCGCAAACAAGAAGAAGAAGGGCAAAUCCAAGGGCCAGAACACAAAUCGCCAUUUUGGUUCCUCUCGAGACGCCCUGCAGCUUUGCACUACUCGCCAGUUUGCUCCUGAAUUCUCGCCUCGCGAGUGUCCAUUUGGUGAUGGUUGCAGAUUUGAACACAAUCUUAGAAAAUACCUACAAGAAGGCAAACGGGACGAUUUGAAGACAUUCGAUAGUGUAUGUCCGGUCUGGGCGGCUCGAGGCUUUUGCAAUUCCGGGUGGAAAUGCCGCUUCGUGGGAUCUCAUUCCUUUGAGAGAGAGAUCGCUGGUGGCCGGAAGGAAUUGGUUCUUGUGGAGGAUGAACAGCGCAAGACUAAAGGUGGCAACACGGAUCCGUUCGAAGCCGAAACGGGCGUCGUCAACGUCGUCAGUGCGCGUCAGAAGAUUGAGUUGACGAAGCGCAAAGUCCCAACGCCAAAGUCCGACCUCUAUAAUCCUUGGCUUGACAAGACUACUCGGGAAUCGGAAACGACACGCCCAACCGAAGACACUGAGGGUGAUAAUAAAGAGCAAGGAACUGAAGGACAGAAUGGCGUCGAGACAGACGAUAAAAAGGUCGAACGCGAAGAGAACCGUGCCAGAUAUACCGAGCCUCCUCUGCGGCCAUCGGAAAAGCGACGCCUGUAUUUUGGUCCCGAGACACCGAUUCUUGCACCUCUCACGACCCAGGGAAACCUGCCAUUUCGUCGCUUGUGCGUUGAUCUCGGAGCACAAGUGACAUACUCUGAAAUGGCGAUGAGCUUGCCAUUAGUCCAAGGCUCCAAGUCAGAAUGGGCCUUGAUGAAAGCUCAUGAAUCCGAAGCGACACCUCCAGCAUUUCGCGGACGUGGCACCGUGGUAACUGACUACGACAACUCAAAGGAUCUCAAGUUCGCCGCCCAAAUAGCGGCCAAUAAGCCGUGGCAAGCCUUGAAGGCCACAGAAAUCCUCACUUCCCUAUGCCCACAUCUCCGCUUCGUUGACCUCAACUGCGGUUGCCCAAUUGACUUGGUUUAUCGCACGGGGGCGGGAUCUGCCUUGCUCGACAACCAUUCCAAGCUCGAAAAGAUUUUGAGAGGAAUGAAUGUUGUUUCGGGAGAGGUUCCGGUAACAGUCAAGAUUCGAAUGGGAACCAAAGACAAUCGGCCGACCUCGCAGAAGCUCGUAGAACGAUUAGUUCUUGGCGGUCAUGAGGCAAAUGAGAUGGGCAUCGGGCCAUGUGGAGUUGCUGCGAUUACGCUUCACGGACGAAGCCGGCAGCAGAGAUACACGAAGAGUGCUGAUUGGAGCUACAUCUCCGAAUGCGCUGCUUUAAUCAAGCGGUUCCAAAAAGAACGUGACUCGAGAGCAGACACUGUCCACGAGGCUGAUCCUCGAGACCUUUCGGCCUCACAGGAUGGAAAAAUCUAUUUUAUGGGCAAUGGCGACUGCUAUUCUCACGUCGACUACUAUAAUAAUCUGGAACAAUCCAAGGUCGAUUCCAUCAUGAUUGGUCGUGGAGCGCUGAUCAAACCUUGGGUUUUCGAGGAGAUUGAGAAAGGACAGUACCUAGAUAAAUCUGCUUCCGAGCGAUUGGAAAUGGUGGAGAGGUUCGCAAAGUAUGGUCUCGAGGCCUGGGGUUCCGACGAGAUUGGAGUUGGCAUCACCAGGCGAUUCCUUCUAGAGUGGCUGAGCUUCGCAUACCGUUAUGUGCCUAUCGGCAUUUUGGAACACCUUCCCCCCAGUCUUCAAGAUCGCCCGCCAGCAUUCCGCGGCCGAAGUGAUCUGGAGACUCUUCUCGCAAGUGAUAAUUAUAAGGACUGGAUCAAGAUUAGUGAAAUGUUCCUUGGCCCUGCACAUAAAGACUUCAAAUUUGAGCCAAAGCACAAAUCGAACAGCUACGAGAUUGAGGCGGAGGGAUAGUCCUCAUAUUGUACUUUUAUUCUCUUGUUAGAGCUAUGGUUGAUCUUCUAAGCAUUAGACGUCAAGUUAAUUCAAGAAAUGCGCUGUAUAAAAAAGGAAUACUUGAUUUAGGAGCAGGCGA